AACAACAACAACAACAUCAUUAACAACAACAACAAUUGUUACACCACGGUGUCACUAGGGAAAUAUCAAAAAUGAACAAGCUCAUCUCUCUCGCUCUUGUGGCCCAGUGCGCAUGCGUUGGUCUUGUUCUGUGUUAUGGAAGUUACGGAAGUGGAACGCACACAGUCACCAGUAACACCGGAAGUCAGUACAUGUACACCGGAUAUCCCGUAAUGGUUGGAUACGGAGGCGGUCAUGGAGCCGGAUAUGGAUACUCAGGAUUUGGAUUGGGUGGCGGUGUGGCACGCUCAAACGGCAUUGAAGGAAUUUUUGGCAGCAUCAUUUACCUGUUCAUUUUCGUGUUCCUGAUAAAGUUCCUGUUCCCCACCGAUGGGAAAAGCGGCGGACUGCUGAACAUUGGAAACUAAACGAACAUACUUUCGG